GCCAAGAGCCAGUUCCCGCCCGUAUUUCCAGGUUAACAGUGCGCAUGCCCAGUUUUUCAGUCGAACGGGACGUCCCUAAAGUCACUGGAAGGCGUUGCGAAUUCGAAGAGGCGGUGUAAAUAUUUCCCAGCGUCCUUCGCGCGGCGUCCGCCAUCUUGUUCCGGCGAGAAAGGGCUUCCAAGACCCGUCUGUUUCCCCCACUCCGCUUCGUACCGAUUAAGGCGGAGGUGCAGCUUCGCUACGGUAGCGGGGAGAUUGGUCGUUCCGGUGGGACAUGUUGGAGCAGAAAAGAGAGCCGAAGUGGUGUUAAGUUCGUCACGGAAUAAUCGCCACAUUUUGCCUCACAGACACGCAGUCUUCUCCCCGCCCUCUCUGCCUACUCAGCACCGAACCAUGGACGCCGUUAACGCCUUUAACCAGGAGCUGUUCGCACUCAUGGAUAUGAAACCUCCGAUCUCUCGUGCAAAGAUGAUUCUAAUUACUAAAUCUGCUAUUAAAGCAAUAAAGCUCUAUAAACAUGUAGUUCAGAUUGUGGAAAAGUUCAUCAAAAAGUGUAGACCUGAAUACAAGGUCCCUGGGCUUUAUGUCAUUGAUUCCAUUGUUCGUCAGUCUCGCCAUCAGUUUGGAAUUGACAAGGAUGUUUUUGGACCGAGAUUCACAAAGAAUUUAACAGCAACUUUCCACUGUUUGUAUACAUGUCCUUCAGAAGAUAAGAGUAAGAUUGUCAGAGUAUUAAACCUGUGGCAAAAGAAUGGAGUUUUUAGAAUUGAGAUCAUCCAGCCCUUACUGGAUAUGGCAGCAGGUGCGGCAGCGGUGGAUGUAAUGACUGACAACUCUAUGAUGGAAGAAGGCUCUUCACCACCCUCUGUUAUGAUCCCGUCAGAACUGCCUGAUGAACUUCAAGAACCAUCUCCUGCUGCACCUGUUCCUCAGUUACCUACUCCUGAUGCUUUUGCAGCUGUAGCACAAUUGUUUCAGAGUAGCCAAGGACAACAACUCCAGCAGAUUCUUCAGACUUUUCAACAACCUCCAAAACCACAGUCUCCAGUGAUUGAUGAAAAUGUAUUUGCUCAGGUUCAGGCCAUAACAUCUCAGCUAAAUGCCCCUGCACAUCAGCCAGAGAGAAAAACUGCGUUUGACAAGUUGCUUGACAGAUUUGAUUAUGAUGAUGAACCUGAUGCAGCCGAGGAGUCAAAGAAAGAGGCUUCAAGCCCUCUUUUGUCGGCACCACAGCACUCUCAGCCACCACUGCAACCUUUCACAUUCCCAGCAGACAACAUGCAGCCUGCAGCUUAUCCUAGUCAGUUGCCUGGUCAGGUGCCAAACAUGGAUCAGUUUCAGCCCAUGAUGAUGGGUAUGCAGCAGGAACAACUACCUCAGCAGCAGACUCCGCUUCCUCCCAAUGGCCAAAUGCUUGGAUUUGGUAUGGUUCCUUCUCAGCCCUUUACACCUAUGGUACCACCUAUGGUGUCUGAGCCUCCUGCCCAGGGUUUUCGAAACACCUUUCAAAUGCAGCCGAAUGAAAUGCAUGUGCAGAAAGGACAUCAACAGGAAAUGCCAAUGGAAGUCGAACUGCCAAAUAUUCAAGAAAACAAGCGUCAUAUGAAUGAACAAAGCAACUCUGUAUCUAGGUCACCGAAGAGACGCCGUUCUCGUUCUGGUUCUCGUUCACGUCGCUCUCGUCAUCGGCGCUCACGUUCCCGCUCUCGUGAUAGACGUCGUCACUCACCAAAAUCUCGUUCUCAAGAAAGACGGGACAGAGAGAAGGAAAAAGAGCGAAGGCAAAAAGGACUUCCUCCUAUUAAAUCAGAGACUGUUAGCAUUUGUAGUACUACACUCUGGAUAGGACAGCUGGACAAAAAAACAACACAACAAGAUGUUGGAAGCUUUUUGGAAGAGUUUGGACCAAUUGAAUCAAUAAAUAUGAUUCCACCACGAGGCUGUGCAUAUAUUGUUAUGCUCCACCGCCAAGACGCAUAUCGUGCCUUGAUGAAACUGAGCAGAGGAAAUGUCAAAGUAAACCAGAAGGCCAUAAAGAUUGCAUGGGCUUUGAACAAAGGAAUUAAAUCCGAAUACAAGCAGUACUGGGAUGUGGAGAUAGGAGUUACAUACAUACCGUGGAAUAAAGUCAAACCCGGGCAGCUUGAACAUUUCUGUGAAGGAGGAAUGUUAGAUAAUGACACACUAUGUCCAGAAUGGAAAGCACUAGCAAAGAAACCAGAGCCAAAGGAUGUAUCUCAAAAUGGUGCAACUGAGGCUAAAGGAUUGGGGGAGGCUUCUACUGCACCUCAAGUUCUGCCACUAUUAUCCAUUUCUGUACGUGCACCCAUCCCUGCAAUGCAGGUGCCACCCCUUCAACCAAUGUCAGCCCAUCAGCCAGUUCCAUCCAUUCCAACUCCAGGGGUACCAGCAGUACAAGGAUUGCCCCCUCCCCAGGGAUUACCUCCCUUGCAAGGUGUUCCUCCAUUACAGGGAAUGCCACUCCCGCAAGGGCUUCCUCCACAAGGAUUGCCACUCCCUCAGGGCAUGCCACUGCAUCAAGGCAUGCCUCCCCAUCAGCCUAUUCCAGGAAUGGGACCGCUUCAACAUCCUGGCUUUCCUAUUGGUAUUCCUCCCCCUGGAUUUGCACCUGGAGUUCCGCCUCCACUAUUUAUGAGACCAGGAUUUAAUCCAAUGCAUAUGCCUCCAGGCUUUCUGCCUCCUCCUGGACUUCCCCCACCUAUGACCCCGCCUGUUUCUAUUCCUCUUCCUACACCUGGAAUAAACAUCCCGACUUCUACAGCAGAUACUUCAUCUAAUGACUCUUCAAAAGAUGUGUCUCGUGCAAAUCCCAAACCAAUGGUACCUGUAAGGGAAACUAAGGAGGAGGAGGUUGAGAAUGCUGAUAAUGGCAAUGGAUAUAAGUCUACCCCAUCAGGAGGGCCAAAUAAUGCUCCAGGGCCCUUGAACCCACUUCACGGUGAUCCCCAAGAGGGCCCAGAACAAGGACAAGCACAGGGUGCCCAUCCAGGUCCACCACAAGGACCUUUUACAGGCCAACCACAGGGUCCCCGUCAUGGCACAACUGAAGGUGCCCAUGAAGGUUCCCACCAAGGCCUGCCAGAUGGUACUGAUCACAGCCCUCCAGAAGGUCAUCAUUACACUCUACCAGAAAAUCCUCAUCAUGGUCCUUCAGAAAUCUCCCAUCAUGGCCCACCUGAGGGUCCUCAUCAUAACCCAUCAGAAGGUCCUCAUCUAGGCCCACAAGAAGGUCCCCGUUCAGGCCCACCAGAGGGUGCACAUCACGGUCUGCCAGAAGGUUCCCAUCAUGGUCCUCAAGAAGGUCCUAAUCAUGGGCCACCAGAAAGCCAGUUCCAUGGACCACCAGAGGGGCUUUAUCAUGGACCACCAGAGGGGCCUUAUCAUGGACCACCAGAAGGUCCAUUUCAUGGCCCACCACAGGGUCCUUAUCAUGGACCUCCACAGGGUCCUUUCCAUGGACCCCUGCAAGGUCAUUAUCAAGGACCCCAUCAUGGCCCCCCACAAGGGCCCCAUCAUGGCCCUCCCCAGGGACCCCAUCAUGGUCCUCCCCAGGUACCCCAUCAUGGCCCUCCCCAGGGGCCUCAUCAUGGCCCUCCCCAGGGACCCCAUCAUGGCCCACCUCAAGGACCUCUUCAUGGCCCCUCACAAGGACCCAGUUCCAGUCCACACCCUGGCCCUCCUUCUACUGGUCUUUUAGGUGCAAGACCUGGUUUAAUACCACUGCAGAGGCCUCCUGGAGUUCCAUCUUCAAACAUGCAACGCUUUCCAAUGUCUCAAAGGCCUGCCCCCCCUCAUAUGAUGAACAGAGGCCCUCCUCCAGGGCAGGGUGGUUUUGGUAUGCCACCUCAUGGGAUGAGGGGCCCUUUACGUCCACAAGGCCACUUUCCCAGACAGAGAGGACCAGAAGGUCAUGGAGGACCUGAAGAGCGGGAUGGUAGACAAUUCAGAGGUGAAAGGCAAGGCUUUCCUCCUGGCAGAGAAGCAGAAAGGUUUGGAAGGCGUUCAUUUGGAAGUCGAAAUGAAGAUGACAGAGAACGAUUUGGUAGGCGCUUUGAUGACCCUGAUCAUGAGCGACCACCUAAUCGUGGGCGGAGCAGCUGGGGUAGAGGAAGUCCUAGCCGUGAAAGACAAAGAGACUCUGAGGAAAGAAAUAGAUGGUCAAUGGGACAUGAGAGAGAGAGGAGUCACCCUAGAGGAAGGGGAGAGUUCCUCGAAAAUAGAAAAUCUGAUGCAGAGCUUGAUGAAGACCACAAACCUUUAAGUAGUAGAAUGCGAAAUGCAGAAACAGUUACUGAAAGGAACGAGAGUAAAGCAGAACCUGUUGCGAAAACCCCCACUGAAGAACAGCCUCAAACGGCUAAAUCAUCUGAAGAAGCAGAAAGGGAUGUUGGAUCAAAUCCAGCAAAGCCUUAAAUAGUUCUAAGAAACAUUACUGUGCUGAGAGCUUGGGAAGUGUAAAUUAUGCUGUAAAAUAUUUGCUUCUCUUCAACCCCCCUCCCUUGCUGAUUUUUGGGUAAUUGCAAAUUAUCUGGGUUUCCUUCUGUUUGAAAUGGUUCCAUCUAAUUGCAAAGAUUACUUGUCUUCUGUAACCUUCUAAAUGCACACUCACGUUUACAAGGCAGAAUUCUUUUUGUUUUUUUGAGGAAAAAAAAUCCCCAAAACAUUAAGGUCCUCAGAAAAAUAGGUUUGUGUUUUUAAUAAACUCUAUUUUCGUAACAAA